AUGCUCCGUUGUGUUGCCAGCCGCCUUGUGGUUCCCUCCAUGAGAGGUGCUGCCUCGAUGCUGGGUAAGGUUCCUUUAUGACUCUAGAAUUUGCGAGGGAAGCUAAGUGACUGAGCAACACUAAUCGACGCAGUAAUUCCAGAAUACUCAACAUAGUCCGAUUAGUGACUUCUCAUUCCUAAAUCAAAUAGUUUAGUGGUGUUGAAUUUUACGAUACAGGACUUCAAGCGUCUAAAGAUGUACGAGGUUUCUGAAUAACUGACUUAUAUUCAAAUUAGGGUCAUAUUUUCAGGAGCGGUAGCAACCUAAGUUUUGAGAUCACAGGUUUGCGACGAAGAAGGAUAUUGGGUUUCCUGCGUGAAUUUUUCAAGAAAGUGAAUUUUUACUGAAAAUGACAUGCUGCAAUUGAUAUUAAAACAAUUUGCUUAAAACCAGGUGUUACAUCACGAAAGAUGAGCAGCAAACCCAAAGAAUCAGAUGAAGCGUUUGACAACCGGUGGCACGCUUACUUUUCAAGGCAGGUUUUUUUCUUUAAGUUCACAGUUCAAUUUGCAUUGUCUUACUUGUACAUGAACAAUAUGUAAACAUUGUUUUAAACAACAUUUUAAAAGGAGUAGUUUGAAAGUUAUAUCUCGAUAAAUUUUCGUCUUAUAUUGCCUCAGUUACCAAUUUGAUUCCAGGAAAAUCUUUAAGUAGAAAAUUAGUACUUGUUGUGUACAAUAAACAGUUAGAAGACCACUUGGUAAGAUUUCCACACCGCCCUAUACUUCAUUUAAUGUACGGUUCUCUGAUUAAUAAAAGAAAAAGUGAAUGGAAUCAGUUGCCUUCAGGACUGCCGAUUUGUUUUACAAUGGUAUAGGGUUGUGCUGAAAUCAUAAAGGUCACGUUUCUCCACCUGCUGAACAUGUUUCCUUUUUUUUUUUGCCUGAAAUGUUCUUUUAGAUAACCUUAUUAUGAUUACUAAAACUUUUGUGGUACAUUAAAUUGUUGUUAUGCAUGCAUCUCAUUGGAGCUGUUUUACAUGAAAAUUGAAAAAAAGAUACAAAAGAAGAUUUGUGCAAAAUUACUAUUAAAGAGAAAGGUUAACAAUUGUACUUAGUAUUCAAUCCUUUAAAUCCACUUGAAAUUUUUGGAUCAAUAUCAGUAUCUGGGAAAUUGCCUACCUACCCCUCCCCUAAUCCAACAUUAACCCUAAAUUGUUAUCAAUUGACUGUUGUUGGGUUAAGGGAGGGGUAGGUGGGCAGUUGCCCAGAUGCUGAUAUUGAUCCAAAUUUUUUUAGUUUGUUUAAUAUUUAAAACUUCAAAGUUCUUGCUGGGAUUAAUGAUUUUAUGUUUUGCUAAGGAAUUUGAAAUUUGUUUCUUUUUAAUUAUAUUUGUCUAUUAGACCAGACCUUGAUGCUUGGGAGUUGCGUAAAGGACUGAAUGAAAUCUAUGGACAUGACUUAGUUCCAGAACCCAAGAUCAUUAUUGCAAUGCUCCAUGCCUGCCGUCGACUUAAUGACUUUCCCAUGACUGUCAGGGUUCUUGAAGCAGUUUACGAUAAAGGUGCUGGAAGCAAUGAAAUCUAUAACUACAUUCUGGGUGAAAUCAAACCCACCAUGGAAGAAUUAGGACUUUCCACCCCUGAAGAGCUUGGUUUGGCCAAAUGA